GGUGCAGCAGUAUCCCUCACCACCACAAACAAGUGUCACCCGCUUUAUCUCAUUUGUGCCUUUCUGAAGACCAGUGAAGUGUUGUGCCUCUGAUACCACCACAGGACACUACCAAGGUGAUUAGGGUCCAAUGGGUCGUCACAGCCUCUAAAUACAAACAAGAACAAAAAAACAAAACUCACCUGGUAGCCAUCUCUCAAGACAUUGCAGGAAAAGCGCGCCAAAAAGGUUUAGUUUCAAGACAUUAUCACUGCUGGUGUUGCCAUUGUCUUGAUCACCACCACUGCUGGAAUCAUGUCAUUGAGAAUACUGAGCUGGAACAUCAAUGGCUUGCGAUCCCUGAAGAUUGGCAUGAAAGAAUUCCUGACGAGCUUGGAAGCUGACAUAAUAUGCCUGCAGGAGACAAAAGUGACACGUGAUAUGCUUGAAGAGCCUCAGGCCAUUGUUGAAGGCUACUCAUCCUACUUCAGUUUUUCAAGAAAGAGGAGUGGAUAUUCAGGUGUGGCCACAUUCUGCUCUCAGAGAGCCACGCCCUUUGCUGCACAAGAAGGUCUAUCAGGUUUGUUCAAGGGAGAGCUGAGUGGUGGCAGUGGGGAGCAGACAGCUCUUCCAGGCACAUGGACUACGGAGGAACUGAAGGACCUUGAUAGUGAAGGCCGAGCUGUUGUAACACAGCAUUGGAUAAAGGAUGAGACUGGCAAGGAGAAAGUAGUGGCUGUCAUCAAUGUUUACUGUCCACGAGUAGAUCCUGAGAAACCAGAACGUCGACGUUUUAAGCUACGCUUUUAUGAGUUGCUGCGGCAGAGAGCAGCUGCAGUUUGGGGCAUGGACUCUCAUGUCAUCAUUGUGGGUGACAUCAACACAUCCCACAAGAGAAUUGACCAUUGUGAUCCAGAUGAAAGUGAAGCUUUUGAAAACAGAAUGGAACGAAGAUACCUAAAUAACUUUCUGAAGCCCCUGUGCAUCGAUGAUCAUAAAAAAGACUCCCAAGAUGAAAUAAAACCAGCAGGAAGUUGUGAAGGAGAAGGAAAUGGUGGUAUGCUGUUAAAUUCAUCAGGAGUGUCUGAGCUUGAACAAGAGGAUGAAGAGUUUCAAUUACUGUCAUCAAGCACAAGUUUUCAAGUGAUUGACACCUUCCGUUAUUUUUACCCCUUUAAGGAGGAAGCCUUCACCUGCUGGAAUGUCUCCACUAAUAGUAGAUCAACUAAUUAUGGAACUCGAAUAGAUUAUAUAUUUUGUGAUGAAGGUUUCCUCCCACAUGUGAAGGACAGCUUGGUUCUGCAGGAUGUCAUGGGAAGUGACCAUUGCCCUGUAGCUUUAGUGGUUGCAGGAAUGUUUGUUCCUUCCUCUCAGCUCCCUCCCAGUUGUACAAAGUUCUUCCCAGAAUUUCGAGGACAGCAGCAAAAGUUGUCCUCCUACUUUCAGCCAAGAAGUGCCUCUGAAAAGCAGAAUAAUUUGCCACUCCAUAAACCUGUAGUGGCUUUGAAAGCAGCUACUGAAAACAUGCAGAAUACCAGUAAAAGAAAAAACAUUACUGGAAAAGGAAAGUCAACUGAUAAAAAGCAGUGCACAGAGAAACAAAUGAGUAUCAGCUCUUUCUUUUCUUCAAAGGCAAGUAGUCAGACCAGUUCAUCAGAAGAUUUGAUAGAUGAUAAGAGUAAUUGUGAAAGUCAAAUCUCAGAAAACUCAGGAUCUACGCAUGGUUCUCUUGAUAAUACAAACCGUGUAGAUGAUUCUGGUUCACAGUCCAGUGAAAGCUCUCAAGGUGAGUUAUAUUCUCCACCCUUUCAAAGUGACAAGGAAGACACUAAAGGCAGUAACAGGAAAUCAAAUAAUACUAAAAAUCAGGGUUGGGGAUUUCUAAUGAAGGGGCCAAAGCCAGCACCAGUCUGCUCAGGCCACAAGGAACCAUGUGUCCUGCAGACUGUUAAAAAAAAGGGACCCAACAUCAACCGCCAGUUCUAUGCAUGUGCACGUGGUGUGGGGAAGGAGGGAGACCCUAAUGCUCGGUGUAACUUUUUCAAAUGGGUUUCUCGAUAACUCAGAACACUUAUCAGUAGGUUAGGAAUGAAAUAGAGCCACUUUUGUAACAUUUCUAUUUUAUUUUGUUGUAUUUUAAAUAAUAAUAAAUAUUUAAUUCUGAUCAA